UCGAAAUUGUUUUGUUCGGCUUGUCUUGAUGUAGAAUCUCAAAAAACAAAUCUUUUCACAAAAUUUCAAAUUACUUUAGACGUUUUAUCAUAAAUAACAAAACAAAAAUUAAAAAAAAAAUCAAAUACAAGAAUAUUAAUCCAGUUGAAUGUGAAGAUGCAGGCGCAUCAUGCCAUGCCAGAUUUCCGAUGCCGGAAUAACUGCCAUCACAAGGAAUGUCAGCGUCAUGCGCCUCUCGGCAUCAUCGAUCAGCAUACGCAAUGCAAGUGCCUGGGCGAGGUGAAUGCCUCAUCGAUAUUCCUGGAGAAUGUACUUGACUUGGCCAACACAUUGGCCCAGAUUAUGAUCAUCUGUGGAUUGCACGAGUGCAAAGCCAAGUCUACCGUCGACAUUAUAACCUACGCCUUUUUGCACUACGAUCAGGUUUGCUAUUGCAUCGACACGGUGCCCAAGAAGCGUUUGCGCAAAGAGGAUUUGUUUCACGAGCUGGGCAAAAAGUCGCUGAUGAACAAGGUCGAAGCACAUCUGGCCUAUAGUAUCAUCAAACGUGGCUUCAAGGCCUUCUACUACGAGCCCAAGGAGGAGCUGACCUACGAUGAUCAGGGCAGGCCCAGCUACAAUGAUGAAUGUGUCUGGGUGCAUGCGGCCCGCAAGUCAGCCGAAAGUUUUGCUCGCUUUGAUGGACUCUCGUGCAGCGAACAGAUGGCCUACGAGGCCAAGAUUAAGGUGGCAUUCAAGAAGUACUACGAUCGCAUGCAGACGCGUAAACGUCAGCCAGAGGGCGAUGAUUGCAACUGUUGUUUCUGUGCCAAGAAGCGCGGACAUUUGGUCUAUGCCAAGGAGCCGGUGCCUUGCAGCACCAAACGCAAGCCGAAGCACGUCUGCCCCUAUUGUUGCAAGAAGAAACAGAAACAACAGUACACUCAUCCAGCCCGCCAACAGCCCAAGUGUCCCAAGUGCCAUAAGGCACGCAAAUUCUGCUGUUGCGCCAAAAUGGACUUCAAUCUGCAGUGGGUCAAGAGCAUCUGGGACCGACCCGAUUUCAAUCAGUAUUACAAGAACGAAAUUGCCGAGAUCGAAGAACGUUUGGUCAAAGGUUCGUGCUGGUUGCCACCCGAACCGCUGGCAGCGGAUGGUGCCGAUGGCGAAGAAGUCGAAGAGGAGGAAUUUGUGCCUGCGGAUACUCAACUGGCCUUGGCUGGCAAGAGUGCGGCCGCAUUGCCGCAGGACGAAGAGGAAGUGCCCGAGAUGCCAGCCACAGAAACUGUCGGCGAUGGUCAAGAUGAGGUGAAACCCGCAGAGGAUUAAAGUUCAAAGGCGUCAGUGAAAAAGUACAGCAAAAUUAUAGUUCACAAAUUUUAAAAGACAUCAUCAAGGUCAUCGUUAAAAUUGUAAUAAAAUUUAUAAUAAAGGCAAGAUUUUAAACAACAAAUAA